AUCGGUCCGUUGUAAUUUAUAUGACGCACAGUUGUGGUUACAGAUCUUAGCGACGAUAUACAAACCGGCGAGGGAAGGAACCAUUGAUCAGUGAAACUAACAGACACCAACAUGCGUGAAAUUGUCCAUCUUCAGGCCGGCCAAUGUGGCAACCAGAUUGGAGCUAAGUUCUGGGAAGUUAUUUCCGACGAGCAUGGUAUCGACCCAACCGGAACCUACCAUGGUGACUCCGACCUCCAGCUCGAGAGAAUCAAUGUUUACUACAAUGAGGCCACCGGUGGAAAAUAUGUUCCCCGCGCCGUGCUUGUCGACCUUGAGCCGGGAACAAUGGACUCCGUGAGAUCCGGUCCAUUCGGACAGAUCUUCCGGCCGGACAACUUCGUGUUUGGACAGAGCGGCGCAGGCAACAACUGGGCCAAGGGUCACUACACAGAGGGCGCUGAGCUCGUAGACUCCGUGCUCGACGUCGUCCGCAAGGAGGCUGAGUCAUGCGACUGUCUUCAGGGGUUCCAGCUCACACACUCCCUGGGUGGCGGUACCGGAUCCGGUAUGGGCACACUGCUCAUCAGCAAGAUCCGUGAGGAGUACCCAGACCGCAUCAUGCUUACAUUCUCCGUAGUGCCAUCACCGAAGGUAUCAGACACCGUUGUUGAGCCUUACAACGCCACCCUGUCCGUUCACCAGCUUGUUGAGAAUACCGACGAGACCUACUGUAUCGACAACGAGGCUCUCUACGACAUCUGCUUCAGGACCCUGAAACUCACCACACCCACAUACGGAGACUUGAACCACCUCGUGUCCGCCACAAUGUCCGGUGUAACCACUUGUCUCCGAUUCCCGGGUCAACUGAACGCUGAUCUCCGCAAACUCGCCGUGAACAUGGUGCCCUUCCCGCGUCUGCAUUUCUUCAUGCCCGGGUUCGCUCCACUUACAUCCCGCGGUAGCCAGCAGUACAGGGCCCUCACUGUCCCUGAGCUCACACAGCAGAUGUUUGACGCCAAGAACAUGAUGGCCGCCUGCGACCCGCGUCACGGCAGGUACUUGACGGUCGCUGCCAUCUUCCGUGGGCGCAUGUCUAUGAAGGAAGUCGACGAACAGUUGCUGAACGUACAGAACAAGAACAGCAGCUACUUCGUUGAAUGGAUCCCCAACAACGUGAAGACCGCCGUCUGCGAUAUUCCCCCACGUGGUCUCAAGAUGUCCGCUACCUUCAUCGGCAACAGCACCGCCAUCCAGGAGCUGUUCAAGCGCAUCUCUGAGCAGUUCACCGCUAUGUUCCGUCGUAAGGCUUUCCUCCACUGGUACACCGGCGAGGGCAUGGACGAGAUGGAAUUCACUGAGGCCGAGUCGAACAUGAACGACCUUGUUUCUGAGUACCAGCAGUACCAGGACGCCACCGCGGAGGAGGAGGGAGAGUUUGACGAGGAGGAGGGCGAAGGUGAAGCUCAGUAAACAAAACAGAGCACGCAACUCUAGACUUUACCAUCUGUUAUGCAAAAUAUCGAUUUUUUCGUUUGUCAUUUACAACUUGACAAAUUAACUGAAAAACUAUGUAAACAUUCUUUGUAAAACACGAUCGAUCUACUUGUAUUGAUGUUAGUAUCAAGUUAUAUACAGGAAAGCAACAUAACAAUAGCAUGUUUAAAAAAUAAAAAUAAUAAAUAGGCAAAAUGCCAACCCAAUAAUACGGGUGGUUUGUUUUUUGCAUUUUUUAAGUCACGAUGCAUUUGUGCAAUUUAAUUGUUCUUAAUUUCCGUUAAUAUUUUUUUAUUUUGCUGUAAUGUUAUGAUCUUCCAUCAUAUUGCUGUUGAAUCAAUAAGGUAAAUAAAUUUAAUGAAAA